AUGUUCUUCCGGCACUGUACUAAAAGGUCAGCAGCUCAGUGGCAGCUGGUGAUCAGAAGGGCCUAUCCUUGGUUCCAGCCUGGAUACCGGCUAUUUGAGAAGGAGCCAGACGAGGAGGCAGCCAGAACUAACUUCAGGAAGAAGUUCCUGAGCGUUACCUUGCCGAGAAAUCUGCCUCAUGGAGGAGGGAAACCCCCAAACUAUCAUUUGGGGGUAGAAGUAUAUCAUCCUAACUUCUGUGCAAGAAGCUGCAAUUGGGCCUCUUCCUGGAGAGAUGCAGAUGAUCUGGAGGUGCACAAGGAUGCUAGGUGCGCGGUGAACAAGAUCAACAACAGUGCAGAUGCCCUUUAUCCGUCGUGGGAGCCCAAUUCCUGCAGUUCUGCCGAUUUUGACGCCUGGUGGAAGACUCGAUUUCGAAAUCUACCUGCUUCUAGCACUGCACUGGCAAUGAUUUUUGAUGGUUGGAAUGGCUGGGCCGUUCGUUCAGGAGAGAAGACUCAUAAGUUUUUGGUGCAGACCGUAAAGGACAUCAAUGCCCAAGUUCUGGAAGUUACUUAUGUUAUCACUGCUGGAGACAUGGAGCUUCCUUCUGGAGAAGAAGAAGAAGAAGAUCAAGCAAAACAGACUCCCGUUGAGGCCGCUCCUUCUGUCAGAAGGAAAAGAAAGGAAACUGCUCAACCUGCGACUUCAGCUGAAGGUCCUUCUCCUCCUCCUACUAAGUCAAAAAGGCUUAGAAAGAGGACGGUGGUGGAAUAUGUGGCCACAGAAGGAACUGCAACAGCUCCUACCGCCACUUCUGACACGGAUGAAGAGCUGAGAUAG